AUGUCUGUGUCUGGGACCCAGAUCCAUGUGAACCCCUUGCAGUCCUACCUACUCACCCUGGAGGGGGAUGAUGUGGAGACCUUCAACCAUGCCCUGCAGCAUGUGGCUUACAUGAACACUCUGCGCUUUGCCACACCCGGCGUCAGGUCGCUGUGCCUCAUCACCACUGUUAAGUGCUUCAGUGAAGAGUCCUGUGUCUCCAUCCCUGAAGUGGAAGGCUAUGUGGUGGUCCUUCAGCCUGAUGCCCCCCAGAUCCUUCUGAGUGGUACAGCUCAUUUUGCCCGCCUUGCCGUGGACUUUGAGGGACCCGAGGGGGUCCCCUUGUUCCCGGAUCUUCAGACCACCUGCUCCAUUUCCCACCAGGUGGAGGCCAAAGCAGAUGAGAGUUGGCAGGGCACAGUGACAGACACACGCAUGUCAGAUGAGAUUGUACACAACCUGGACGGCUGUGAAAUUUCUCUGGUAGGAGAUGACCUAGACCCUGAGCAAGAAAGCCUGCUCUUGGACAUGGCGUCCUUGCAGCUGCGAGGCCUGGAGCUCGCCAACACAUCUGCCUACCUCACCAUUGCUGGGGUGGAGACCAUCACUGUGCAUGAAGGGAUUCUGAGGCAUGCUCGUUACCAGCUGCGGCAUGGAGCUGCCCUGUAUGCCAGGAAAUUCAGGCUUUCUUGCUCAGAGAUGAAUGGCCGCUAUUCCAGCAACGAAUUCAUUGUGGAGGUCAACGUCCUGCAUAGCAUGAACCAGGUGGCCCACCCCAGCCACGUGCUCAGCUCACAGCAGUUCUUGCACCGGGGUCACCAGCCUCCUCCUGAGAUGGCUGGACACAGCCUGGCCAGCUCCCACCGGAACUCCAUGGUCCCCAGUGCGGCUACGCUCAUCAUUGUGGUAUGUGUGGGCUUCCUGGUGCUUAUGGUCAUUCUCAGCCUAGUGUGGAUCCACUUCCUUCACCGCCGCGUCUCAGGAACUGGCGGACCCUCAGGGGCUUCCCCUGACCCGAAAGACCCUGACCUCUUCUGGGAUGACUCUGCUCUCACCAUUAUCAUGAACCCCAUGGAGUCCUAUCAGAACCAGCAGGCCGGUGUGGCAGGGGUUGCUGGUGGCCAUCAAAAGAAAGAGGACAGCAGUGACUCAGAGGCAGCCCACUCCCCCAGAAGCAAUGAGAGACGCAUCAUGGAGAGCCCCCCACACCACUACUGA